AACACAUCACAGUAUACAAACCUCCAUCCUCCCCUCGGUUUAGAAGAAGUGAACUCUCGGGAAACAGAAGGAGGAAUUGCCCAUAUAAGGUGUGAGUAUCGGUCUCUGGGGGUGGUGCUGAAAGAACAGCUCCCACUAAACACACUUCUUUUAAUAGCGGUUCCUUGUGGCAGCUUAUUUUCAGGAGACCCUCAGCUGGAAUGACUCUCGCUGCCAAGAGCUACAAGCCAUGAAUCAGGAAAGUUCCCAUGCCCGAGCCGGAGCUUUGAAAACUGAGGGAUAUUUUGAGGCGACUAUGAGAAGAUGAAGAGGCAAAACGUGCGGACACUCGCCUUAAUCAUCUGCACUUUGUCCUAUUUGCUCAUCGGAGCGGGAGUUUUCGACGCUCUCGAGUCAAAGCAAGAGAAAAGCCAGAAGGGCAGACUCGACUACCGCAAAUUCCUGCUCAUGCAUAAAUACAACCUCACCAGGCUUGACUUUGAUCAGAUUGAGAAGGUCGUGUUGCUCCUGAAGCCCCACAAAGCAGGAGUCCAGUGGAAGUUCUCCGGGUCUUUCUAUUUCGCCAUCACUGUGAUAACAACCAUAGGUUAUGGCCAUGCCGCCCCCAGUACGGAUGCCGGUAAGGCAUUCUGCAUGGGGUAUGCACUUCUGGGCAUCCCCCUCACCCUGGUGAUGUUCCAGAGCCUGGGCGAACGCAUUAACACCUUCGUCCGCUUCCUGUUGCACAAAGCCAAGAAAUGCAUGGGCCUGCGGCGGCCGGAAGUCUCCAUGGCCAACAUGGUGAUCAUCGGCUUUUUCUCCUGCGUCAGCACCUUGUGCAUAGGAGCAGCUGCCUUUUCCCACUACGAAGGUUGGACCUUUUUCCAUGCCUUCUACUACUGCUUCAUCACCCUCACCACCAUCGGUUUUGGCGACUACGUAGCCCUACAAAAGGACAACGCUCUCCAGAACGACCCUCAUUAUGUGGCCUUCAGUUUUGUCUACAUUCUGAUGGGCCUCACAGUCAUCGGUGCUUUCCUCAAUUUAGUGGUGCUACGCUUCAUGACCAUGAACACAGAGGACGAGAGAAGAGAUGCCGAGCAGAGAGCGCUGCUCUCCAAAGAUAAACACCAAGGUCCAGUAUUACGCCGUGCAGAACCUCCGAGCCCAUCCGCUGUGGGCCGAGACAAAAGACGAGGGCUGAAGAGCGUCUACGCCGAGGUGCUCCACUUCCAGACGGUGUGCUCCUGCCUGUGGUACAGAAGCCGAGAGAAAUUGGUCAUCCUCCCACAGGAUCUGUCAUUCACUGAUGCGCUUAUGGAGCAAGGAGAUGUAUCGCCCCAUCACUUCUUCGAAAACGGCCCUACGGGCUGCGUGUGUAACCCUCAACGCUGCUCGGCCAUUAGCACUGUGUCUGCUGACCUGAGAAACAUCUCGCCGUUCAGGCUCUUCUCCAAAAGACGCAGCUCUGUCUGAAUCACCUCACUUUCUUACACAGUCCUGUAGAUCUUUAUUGAGUCACAUGAUUUAUUUUCACAUUAUGAAAUGCUUGAAUGAACCACUCAAGACUGAGUCUUCUUACACAAACACAUCUAUGCUCUAUAAACACUUUGGAUGUUGAUAUUCUUCAAAUUUACACCUUAAAAUGGUGCAAUAGACUUACAAUCAUUUUAAAAUAUAGUCUGCCCAAAAAAAGUCUGAUGUGGAAUAUAAGUGUAAGCUGUUCGUCUG